AUGGUGCUCUGGAAAUACCGGCCGAAGAGAGGAGUGGAAACAGCUUUUGCCAUCGCUGUGUUUCAGCCCCUGAGCCAAAUGCAUCUUGACAUUAGGAAAGGAAUACAUUUGCUCAGCCCUUGUAAUAACACUGCGGCUAUCCCCAGUUGUCUUUUUGACGAGCCCAGAGAGGGGACGUCACCGGCGGCUGGGCUCGCGGCAGCGGCCGAGCCCCCGCUCUCCGGCAUCGACGGCAAAGCACCGUGUGGGGAAACCUUGCUGCAGAGAAAUGAGGCAGAAAAGCAAAAGGGACUGCAGGAAGCACAGGUCACUUUGGCCGCUCGGCUGGGGGAAGCAGAGGAGAAGAUCAAAGUGCUCCAUGCAGCGCUGAAGGCCACCCAGACGGAGCUGCUGGAGCUGCGGUGUAAAUACGACGAGGAAGCCGCGUCCAAGGCGGACGAAGUAGCCAUGAUCAUGACAAACCUCGAAAAAGCCAACCAGCGAGCGGAGGCGGCGCAGAGGGAGGUGGAGAGCUUGCGGGAGCAGCUGGCGGCCGUGAACAGUUCCCUCCGCCUGGCCUGCUGCUCCCCGCCAGGCGCUGCCGGGGACAAAGUGAACUAUUCCAUGUGCUCAGGGUCGAGGCUGGAGGCGGCUCUGGCUGCCAAGGACCGGGAGAUCCUGCGGCUCCUGAAGGACGUCCAGCACCUCCAAAGCUCACUGCAGGAGCUGGAGGAGUCCUCUGCCAACCAAAUCGCCGAGCUGGAGGGGCAGCUGGCUGCCAAGAAUGAAGCCAUCGAGAAGCUGGAGGAGAAGCUGCAGGCACAGGCGGACUACGAGGAGAUCAAAACAGAGCUGAGCUCGGCCGACGAGGAGCAGCUGGACACGGCCGAAAUCGCCUUCCAGGUGUGAAGGAGCCUGCUGAAGCACAACAUCGGGCAACGAGUCUUCGGGCAUUACGUGUUGGGGCUGUCGCAGGGCUCCGUCAGCGAGAUCCUGGCGCGGCCCAAGCCCUGGCGCAAGCUGACGGUGAAGGGCAAGGAGCCGUUCAUCAAGAUGAAGCAGUUCCUCUCCGACGAGCAGAACGUGCUGGCCCUGAGGACUAUCCAGGUGCGCCAGAGAGGUAGCAUCACGCCGCGGAUCAGGACGCCAGAGACCGGCUCUGACGAUGCCAUCAAAAGCAUCCUGGAGCAGGCGAAGAAGGAGAUUGAGUCGCAGAAGGGAGGGGAACCCAAAACACCAUCGACGUCGCAGGCGGUGGCCAACGGGGCGGGCGGCAGCAGCUCGGAGGAUGCCAUCAAGAGCAUCCUGGAGCAGGCGCGGCGGGAGAUGCAGGCGCAGCAGCAGGCGCUGCUGGAGAUGGAGUCAGGGGGCAGCGGGCGCCCCGGGGACACGCCACCCGCUGAGCGCUCCACGUUGGCCGCCGUCAGCCAGAACAUCGUCCCAACCUACGUCAAGCAGGAGGAGGGGAGCAGGGCCAGCCCCGCCCCCCCGCAGACACCCCUGGCCGUCCUCUCGCCCGCCGCCUUCGUCCAGAGCAUCAUCCGGAAGGUGAAGUCGGAGAUCGGUGAUGCCGGCUCCUACUUUGACCAGCACUGGGCAUCGGAGCGGAGUCUGCUCAGCCGACCCUACACCUCCGUCUCACCUUCGCUCUCCUCCUCCUCCUCGAGUUACUCCAGCAUGGCCAACGGCCGGGGCUGGCCGCGGGGAGAGCCCAGUGAGGGCGGCGCCAACGAGGAUGAGCUGCCGCUGGCGGAUGAUGAGCCCCACCGGCUGACGGAGAUGAAGGCGGAGGGAGCCGGCACGGAGCCGGCAGCCGGCAGUCGUCUUUCCUACUACCCUGCCUAUGUGCCACGGACCCUGAAGCCCACCGUGCCACCGCUGACGCCGGAGCAGUAUGAGAUGUACAUGUACAGGGAGGUGGACACGCUGGAGCUGACCCGGCAGGUCAAGGAGAAGUUGGCCAAGAACGGCAUCUGCCAGAGGAUCUUCGGAGAGAAGGUGCUGGGGCUGUCCCAGGGCAGCGUGAGCGACAUGCUGUCGCGGCCCAAGCCGUGGAGCAAGCUGAACCGCGGGCAUCCCCGAAAUAACCUUACCGCUGCCGCCGUGUCCCCGCUGACCCCUCUCCCCCGGUGUCGUGCAGCCAGCCCGGCGGAGCCCCAGCCGUCCCCCUCGCCGCCCCCCAGCCCUGCCGAGCACGAGAAGGGCUGCCAGGAGCCCCUCACCCUGGCCUUGGAGAGCAGCAAAGAAAACCAGCAACCCGAGAGCCGGUCGACGCCUGCACUGGGUGGGAAGACCUACACCAACAGCCAGGGACCCGUGGGCAUCCAGGAGAUCGUGGCCAUGUCCCCUGAGCUGGACACCUACUCCAUCACCAAGAAGGUCAAGGAGGUCUUGACGGACAACAAUUUAGGCCAGCGGCUGUUCGGGGAGAGCAUCCUGGGCCUGACGCAGGGCUCGGUGUCCGAUCUCCUCUCCAGGCCCAAGCCAUGGCACAAGCUGAGCCUGAAGGGGAGGGAGCCCUUCGUCCGCAUGCAGCUCUGGCUCAACGACCCCCACAACGUGGAGAAGUUGCGCGACAUGAAGAAGCUGGAGAAGAAAGCCUACCUGAAACGUCGGUACGGGCUGAUGAGCGCCGGCUCGGACAGCGAGUCCCCCAGCGCCCGCUCCGAGUGCGCCAGCCCCAGCCUGCAGCCGCAGGACCUCAGCCUCCUCCAGAUCAAGAAGCCGCGGGUGGUGCUAGCCCCGGAGGAGAAGGAAGCCCUGAAGAAAGCCUACCAGCUGGAGCCCUACCCCUCCCAGCAGACCAUCGAGCUGCUCUCCUUCCAGCUCAACCUCAAGACCAAUACCGUCAUCAACUGGUUCCACAACUACAGGUCACGGAUGCGCCGGGAGAUGCUGGUGGAGGGCACACAGGACAACGACACAGACCCAGAGCAGAGCAGCGGGGUGGUCAUCCCAGGGCGCCGGGACCCCCACAGCCCCGAUUCGGAUGCUGAGGACCGUAAACCCGUGUUUGGCGGGGGCGAGCAUCCCUGCGCCGCUGCGCCCGUGAAGGUGAAGGAGGAGCAG